CGGGGCGGGUGUUCGGCUUGUCAUGGCUGCCCGCCUGCCGUGUCCGACGCGCUGAGCUGGGGCUGCGGCGCGACCGCGCCGUUGUUAUGUACCGUCUGCUGCGCUUGGGCCCGCUGCGGCCGCCGGCGGUCCCGCGCAGCGUCCCCCUGCUCGCUGCCGCCGCCCCCCGCGUCCUGGGCUGCGGUCCCCGCCUCGCCUGGGCCGGCCUCAGCCCGCCGCUGGUAACGCCGCGAUCCGCCGCCGGCAGCGCCGCCAAGGAUGCAAGUGGAUCCUCUGAAAAGGCAGCCACAGAUCCCAGUGGUGAAAACAAGAAACUCAACAAAUCCCAGCAGCUGAAACAAGUGUUUAAAGAAUAUGGUGCUAUAGGGGUUUCAUUCCAUGUUGGAAUUUCAUUAGUAUCUUUAGGUAUCUUCUACCUGGCUGUGUCAAGUGGAGUGGAUAUGACUGCAGUUCUCUUCAAACUUGGUUUCAGUGAAUCAUCGUUGCAAUCUAAAAUGGCAGCUGGCACAAGCACUUUUGUGCUGGCAUAUGCCAUUCACAAGUUGUUUGCUCCAGUAAGAAUCAGCAUUACCGUAGUUUCUGUGCCAUUUAUUGUCCGAUACUGCCGGAAGAUUGGUUUCUUCAAACCUCCUACCCCGAAUCCAUGAGGAUUUCUUACUGGUUUUUACUCUCUCUUUUGUUUUUAAUGCUCUAUGUUCAUGUAGCUUUUCAGAUUGUUAAAUUUCUUUAAAAGACUUGUUUGGAUCCAUGUAAAUGCUGAUCUCUUGCAUUUCUUACUUGUUCUUUCAGGUGAAUGGUGGUGAAUGGUACACUGUGAAAAGUGCUGUCCUUCUUUCCAUUUUGCCACCUCUUCUUUAGAAAAACCUGUUAAAAUGGUUCUCACUGCAAGUGGUAAUAUAAAUUCUUGACAAUGAGCAAUCUCUUUAGAACAUACAGUUCUAGGACUUUAUAAUCUAGCUUUUGGGGCCUUAAUUUUUUUUCUUGUCGAAAUAGAGUGUCAGCAUUGGUUUGUGUCUCUGUAUUUGGGAAACAGAGUAAGAUUCUCCUCCUAACAGGCUGUGGGAUUAACAAUAUCCUACUAUAUGAAUAGUUCCUUUGGUAAGGGUAUAUACUGGAAUCUAAAGUGGUAGGUGGGUGUUUCUUUGGUUGUAAAAGACAUACACCAUGACCACAGUCUUGCAGCACAACACUCAUGCUGAGUUAACUUAGGCAGGAGUACGCCCAUGCUUAAUCAUUGCACAGUGAUAAUUGUUUUAGCCAGGACAGGCGAUGCACUGUUCUGAAACUACAGCUCCUUUGAGGUGCUUCCAUGUUUCAAGAUUUUAUUUGAAAAUGGGUUUUACAUAUAGGCUGGGAGCUGGCCUUACUAAAGUCCUUUUUGUGUCGGUGUUUUGUUUUAUGCCUAUAGACUCAAGGAAUCCUGAGUCUACUGAAAUCAGUGUAACCAGAAUUACCUCCCAUGGGAACAUACUCCAAAGAUUAUCAAGUCAGAGGCAGGGUAUCUUCGGGUUUUUAAUGUAUUGAGAUCUGGCUUUGUACUAGACACACAUUUUUUUAAUCUGGAAACUUAUCCUAGCAGCUUUCUGCUUCUGUGGAUGAAACUCAAAUCUCCACCUGAAGUCCAGACAUUGUAAUUCAUAGCUUUUCAAGAGCAAUUCUUGUGCUUUUGUCUGGCAGACUGUUGAAUGUACCGAUUAGAGGUGCUUUUCAAUCUUAUUUGGGCACUAUUCCUGUUAGAAUACAGCUGCACGUGCGUAUAUUCACGUACCACUUUUCAGUUAACCUAAAGACUGGAUCCUAAAACUGGAUCCAGUUUUACCACAAUGUAACAUUGUGGUAAACCUGGGUUUCAGACUUAGGACUGUGCUGCUGUGAGAUAGCUUGAGCCAAAUCUGUCAGACUUUAGGACCUGUUCCUCCUUCCAGGUCUGCUCUUUUACAUUGGCCUCUGUGUUUAUACUUACCCCAAGGUGGCUCUGACACAAUCUGUUCAUUCAGGAAUCUGAUUAAAGUAAAAUAGCAGGAAAUUACCCUGAAAUUUAGUGAACUGAGAGAAAGGGAAAACUGUAGAAGAGGUAGUUUACUUCCUUUGCCCUGUGGAAGCAAGCUGAUACUAGAGACUGCCACCUGAAAACAAGGAACCCCUUGGUCUGUGGGGCUGUGCUGUUAGCCCAGUUGAGGGGUUAGUGUCUUAGGGUGGAAACAGUUCCUGCAGUGAGCAGAUACACAUGCUGGAGGCUUAAUGUAUAAUGCAGACAUAGCUAUCCAUGGCACAUGUGUAAAGGUGCAUUACACUGGUAUUUUGUGCAGUGUUUAACAGCCACAGGAGCAGGGCAUACUGAGAAUUAGCCUUGCAGUGUGGCCUGUGGGAGCUGUAAGCUGUGUCACCUAAGAGAACUUAUGUCACGCACAGUUGCUUGGCUUGCUUGUUAGAAUAUGGAGCCAAUGCUGUGGUGCUUCACAUACCUAUCUGUGGGGGAGGAAUGGCUGUCAUUAAUUUGAACUAGCUGCUUAUUCCCCCAAAAGAGACAAAAUUCAGCUGGCUUGUUCCUGUUGCAUGCCUGUUUGCAUGACUGCUGGAAUUGGCAGCUCGGCCAGGGCACUAGCUUCAACUUGCCAGCUCUAAUUAGAGCAUAAGGAAGCUCUGCCUUUACCCCUGACUAAUCUGUGUGAUUAUACCUGUUAUGUGGAUGGAAGCUUAGUGCAGUUCUUACCUAUCAAACACUGCACUAUCUACACCACAGUUGAAGGGUUACCAUGGUAUGACAAUGCGCAACCAACUUUCUAUGAUCUGCUACAUUCUAGAACAGGUAGUGUCUGUUUUAACUUUCAAGUGGGCAGUCAUUAUUUCUUAAGAGUAAGUUUUACUUUGGCUUUUUUUCUCUCCUGGUCACAGAAGCCUUUGUGUUUUGGGUUUUUUUCUGCAUGUUGUCUCUGUUUGUAUCAGUUCAGGGCAAUGUUCUGUUAACAAGGAUAACAGAAUUCCAGAAUAAACAUGUGGCAGCCUUGUUUUACUUAUUCAGUCAUUUCUGAUUAGUAUGGUUUGUCCAAAAGUUGAUAGAAAAGGAAUAUGCAAGCUUUUUCUUUUUCUAAAGUCCCUCAAAGCAGGAAUCAUUUAAAGCAGAUGCACCUAAAAGUUAUUAGUGCUGGUACUUCUAACUCAAGACUUUCUUGCAGUAAAGAACCAGCUUCAUUUAAAUUAUGAGCAGGAUUCAGAUGACCUAUUCAGAUAAACAUGGUUGUAUAAACUACUGCCAAUUUUAGAUGAAGUUUUUUUUUGGGUUUUUGGUUUUUUUUGGGGUUUUUUUGGGGGUUUUUUUGGGUUUUUUUUUUUGGUUUUUUUUUCAAAGUAUUAAUUUGAGAGUGUAUUUUGAAUUCUAGAAUCCUUGUUGUAAAAAGAUUGGUUUGUUAAAGGGUUUGUAAAAUCGUGAAGAUGACCUUAAAGCCUUAUAAUGAAAAUACAGUAAAUUGCUUUCUCUUCA